AUGGACUGUCCCUUGCGAAACGGUUCGACCCCUCUCGCUUUCACUCCAUAUCGUUCAGACGUCGGGGGACUCAUGUUUAUUGCAAAGAUGACACGGCCAGAUAUCCAAUUUGCUGUCACUGCCACGUCCCGUUAUAAUCAAGAUCCCGGUAGCGCUCAUUGGGCAGCGGUGAAAUGGAUCCUCUCCUAUCUGGCCGGCACAAUCAAUCACGGGCUCUGCUAUAGUGAAACUGAUUCGGUAGACCACCUCGUCUCCGACUCUGACUUCGCUGACUGCCAGGACACAAGAAGGUCAACCUCCGGCCUAAUCUUUAUUUUUAAUGGGGGACCAGUCUCCUGGACGAGCAAACUCCAAAAACCCAUCGCCAACUCAAUUGCAGAAGCGGAGUAUUAUGCUGCAGGACACGCUUCCAGAGAAAUCGCUUGGCUGCAGAGCCUUCAAAAUGCGAUGCUCAUGGUGCAGAAUCCCGUCUUUCACGAUCGCACUAAACACAUUGAUAUUGAAUACCACUACGUUCGUCAGCAGUACCAAGCCAAAAUUAUCGAAUUGCAAUCCGUCCGUUCUGAGGAUGAAUUGGCAGAUAUGCUCACGAAGCCCCUAAAGCCCCAAGAACUAAAAAUGAAUCGCUCUCGCAUUGGCAUAGUUCCAGUCCCACAAGAUUAA